GUUAAUAAAGUUCUUAUCUUAUCAUAUCUAUUUUCGCUGCGUUUUACGAUACUUAAUUGGGACUUUGGGCAGAGGAAAAAAGUUGUUUUAACAAUUUUAGCGCAUUUAAAAUGCAUCCUGUCUUGCCGCUUACAGGUGCAGACUAGUGAGUCAAAUUUAUUAUUCAUUGAUGGCUAUAUAAGUGAGCUAAAUGUGUUGCUUCUGACACAAUUUUCACUUGGGUUAUUUAUCAACACAGCACCGAACCAAAGGGAGCAGGUAUAGAUACGAUGCGAAUCACCACAGUGCUACUUCUAUUUUCCAUUGCUCUUUUGAUGGUAGAAUUAUCCGAAGCUGCCACGAAACGCCGUUCGAGGUCCAGUUCAUCAGGAUCAAGAAGACGCUCAACUUCCAGGACAUCUGGUUCAUCCAGUCGAUCAAUGUCCAGCUCGAAAGGCUCAAGCUCUAAGCCCAAGAUCACCAAAUACACACCCAUCGAACCCAACACAGUCCGCUCACCUGUCAUUGUCCGCCAAACUAAAAUAGGUUCGCGUUCAAGUACGUUGAAGAAAGUUGUCGCCGGUUACUUGGUGUACAGGUAUGUGCUUGGCAGUGCACCGGUGUACCGACAGGGAUACCCGAUGUAUCGUAAUUACGUCUCCAUUCCAAAGAACAGAGCUGUGAGGCUUUCCAAAAAGGAGGAGAAACUAAUGGACUUGGAAGGAGAGCGGUGUCUGGGGAAUUCAGCGACAAACCAAACGCUGCGAGAUGGAAUUGACGACCACCUCACUGAACUGAACACAACGAUUCAUUACAAGGAAAGUGGAAAAACUGUGAAUCUUUCUGGAAUGAACAAUGCAGUUUCUCUGGAAGAUGUUAAGGAUCAGGAUUUCGAGGUGAUAAGUCGCGCUCGAUAUAAUACUUCGAUUGUGGUCGGAACGAACUGUUCGCAACUCGAGAUGCGAAUUGAAGGAACAAUGGUGGAAAUGUACGAGACGAAUCCGAAUGGCGCGAGUGCUGUUGGGCUCAAUAAGUUGCUGCUUGCCUCUAGCGCAAUGGCUGUAUUUAUUGCUUUGUUUAAGAAAACUUGGUUCUGUUGAAAAAAAAUGAGAGGAGGCUUUUUGGCUUUUGGCUCCGAUACAUUCCCUUGAGUGUGUUGGUUAAUGAUAAAUUUUUAAUUUUGCUGACCAUUAUUUAAAUUUGCAUCUGUCAGAACUUUGAACAGUAGCUCGUUUAUCAAUUUCUUGUUUUAAUUGUUAGUCUUGAUCCAAUGCUUUGCUUUUUAAUAUUUUAGUGUGUCUC